AUGAUUAUCUUAAUAGGCGCUAUGGGAAGCCAACAGGACGUUUCAUCUACGGAUGCUACGCCGUCAAGCACAGAAACGUCCGAGGCUCUUGGUACAGAUCAAGAAUGUAAUAGCACUACUGCUGUAGAUGAUACAGCUGAAUCUUCAGACAGCAUUGACGGUUCCUCAAAGUACGUUAUAGAGCGUACGUAUAGACACUUUUCCAGUAAACGAAACAAAAGCGAGAUAGACAAUGAGCAAAAACAACAGUGCAAGCGAAAGGAGCUGGAUCUUCAAGCGGAUCAAAAUAGUGAACCGAAGGAGCCGAUCGAUAAUGAUAAUACUACUAGUGAAGUAACGCAAGGUGAAGACAGCGCUUCAAAAGGCGAAAGUUCGACAUCAGCUAAACAGUCUGAUUCGAACAAGUCGUCUAUUAAGGUCGUUUAUGUUGCCACGACCCCCAGUGAAUAUGUCUGCCCCUUCAGCAAACUGAUCAAAUCAAAAGGUACCGACGGAUUCCUUCAAUGCCCUAAAGUUGAGUCAACUGCUGAGAUUACGGACGUUUAUGAGCAGUUUGACGAACCACAUGUUAGAGCUGAGGCUACACAAAAAUCGUGGGAUAUGCAAACUAACAUCUUGGACGACGAGGAAUUGCUCUACGAGAAUAAGAUGUGUAGUGUUGCUCACUUUAACGGUGUGGAGUGGACUACCCCUAUCCCCGUGGUGCUUCAGCUCAUCGCAAAAAAGGGUAGAGAUUCAAAGCGGUUUGUGUGCUACCAGGUCGGCACGGGCCGUCUACAGCUGAACACCACGAUCUUGGCAACAAUGUCGGUGAAUAAGCUGAAGAGAAACUCGAUUAUAUUCGCUGGUCAACUAAUCGCCGACGAGAAGAAACUCGCGCCGCACCGAAUAAUAUUUCAAGACCAACGACAGAGGGACGCAUGUCACGAGCACUUCUAA